UGAGCGGGGAGGGGAGAGAGUGAAGGAGACACAGAAACCAGAGCAGGCUCCAGGCUCUGAGCUGUCAGCACGGAGCCUGACGUGGGGCUGGAACCCACAAACUGUGAGAUCAUGACCUGAGCUGAAGUCGAUGCUUAACCGACUGAGUGACCCAGGCGCCCCAAGAAAGUGAACUUUUUAACUGGCACACUCUUGUCCAUGCCUUUUUCCAAAAGAACAAAACUUCUAAACUGGAGUAUGAUCCUCCAACAUUAAUUGGUGUGAAUCAGGCUGGAAUUAUUGUGGAAUAAUACGGAGCCCCAACCCCAUGGAGAUCUUGUUGCAGGUUCCUGUCUUUCCCUCUACCGUCUAUGCUCUGCUCCUGCUGAUGUGAUCACCAUAGUCGUUUAUGUCCUUAGAGGACUUCCUAAGGAGUUUAAAAUUGAGAAAUGUGUAGACACACAGGUCUCACAGAGUACACUGGAUGCUAGAGUCUCUCCUGGUAGAGAAGGAAAAUCGGCCCAAACCCAGGUCUUGUUUCAGUACUUUCCUUUGAGGCAAAGCCAGGAAUGUGAGAGUGAGCUUUUGCUAAGGGUGGGACGGGGUUCUGCCUAGCGUGCCUCUGGCAUGUGGGGAGCUAACAACAGUAAUGGAUAAGUCUCCAGGGCAACCAGGACCACUUUCAAUCCUUCCCACCAUGGGCUUCCCUUGGGGAACUCUGGACUCUCCGCCUGCCUGCGGCAAGGACUGGCCCACUCUGGCUUCCCUUCGGGGCUCCUCUCCCAGCGCCUCCUGGCUGCAAGCUCCGUCCUAGCCUAUGAGCCUUCUUCCUUGGCCUGGGUUUCACCUUCUUGUAUCAGGUGGCAGACCAGCUGGUUCCAGUCCCGAAUCAGGUCUUCUGACUCCUCCCAGAAACCAACCAACUUCAGAGCAGGAAAUCCUGCCCCUCCCCAAAGAGUGGGAAACCGCAGAGAAAGAGAGAGAUGAAACAGAAGGGAAAGCAGAGGAGGAGGGAAAGGGAGAAAAGAAGCAAAAGGAAAAAGGAGAUCAAUAAAAAGAAGUCAAACUUGGUUGAAACCUCAAGGGCUCCUCGGGCCAGGUCUGUGUCUGAUGGCUUUUAUGAAAAAAUAUCUCCCCCCCAUUCUGGGGAUCUUCUUGGCCUACUACUACUAUUCUGCGAAUGAGGAAUUCAGACCAGAGAUGCUCCAAGGAAAGAAAGUGAUUGUCACAGGGGCCAGCAAGGGGAUUGGAGAACAGAUGGCCUAUCAUCUGGCAAAGAUGGGAGCCCAUGUGGUGGUGACAGCAAGGUCUAAAGAAAAUCUAAAGAAGAUAGUAUCCCAUUGCCUGGAGCUUGGAGCAGCCUCAGCACACUACAUUGCUGGCACCAUGGAGAAUAUGACCUUUGCAGAGCAAUUUGUUGCCAAAGCUGGAAAGCUCAUGGGGGGACUAGACAUGCUUAUUCUCAACCACAUCACCAACACUUCUAUGAAUCUGUUUAGUGGUGAUAUCCACCUCGUGCGCAGAAGCAUGGAAGUCAACUUCCUCAGUUAUGUGGUCCUGAGUGCUACUGCCUUGCCUAUGCUGAAGCAGAGCAACGGAAGCAUUGUUGUCGUGUCCUCGAAGGCUGGGAAAAUGGCUAGUCCACUUAUUGCGCCCUAUUCUGCAAGCAAGUUUGCCCUGGAUGGGUUUUUCUCCUCCAUCAGGAUGGAACAUUCAGUGGCCAAGAUUAAUGUAUCGAUCACUCUCUGUAUCCUCGGCCUCAUAAACACAGACACAGCCAUGAAGGCCAUUUCUGGAAUAGUCAACAUGGAGGCAUCUCCAAAGGAAGAAUGUGCCCUGGAGAUCAUCAAAGGGGGAGCUCUGCGCCAAGAGGAAGUGUACUAUGACAACUCAGUCUGGACAGCUCUCCUGCUGGGAAAUCCAGGAAGGAAGAUUCUGGAACUCUUCUCCUUAAGAAGUUAUAGUUUGGACAAGUUUAUAAUCAACUAAGCACUUCUUAAGGUGGAUCAUGGUAAGAGAGCUUGGGACUGUUCUUCCUGACAUUUAUCUGAGCUCCAUCCAUGAAGGCAUCUCCCUGGAGACAUAAGUGAGGGUCCCAGAGAGUUGGAAACAUCACAUGUCACGGCUUGAAGGAGUUCCUCUAACACUUGCACAGUGGAAAUGUAAUUAUAAUGAAUGUCAUGAGCCACUGCAACCUGCAGUCAUGAAAUUGAUAACCGUAGGUAUAAUUAAAAGGUAGUUCUAUCAAGUUUACCUCAUAUGUAAUAAUAUUAUGAUAAUUAAAACAUUAAUUAUAAUAAAGGUCAUAUCUACUAUAUAAA